GAGAUGACAAAAUCUGCUGUUUGUUCACAGAGUUUCAGUAAUCCUAUUGAAGGAAAAGUUCUUGAUAAAUGGAUGGAGGUGGAUAAAACCCUAAAUAUGUUGAGAAACACUGUAAAUACAGUCUUCCGCCUGGUUGACGAUAUGGUUUACUUGUCUAAGAUAUCACAUAGUGAGUGGCAGCAGGAUCAGGAGUUUCAAGAAGAAAUUGAAGCUAUAGUGAUUCAUAAUUCUAUCAAGAGCUUACAAGACGAAUUGAAAACCCAAGUUUGUAGCAGUGAAAAUAUUAGUCAAUUGAUGUAUAAGAUUUCAAGUCUACGCCUAGAGCUGGAUUUUAUUUCAAGGUCUUUAUCCAGUUUUGAGUUGGGUUAUCUACCAUGUCAUGGUUCUCAUGAGAGUGGUGAGGAAUGGAAUUCUUCAUGGAAAGAUAAUGUCAAUCAAAAGUGUAGCAAUCAUAUAUCACUUCCGACGUCUCUUCAAGAGGAGAAUGAUAAAUUUGAGCCUAAGAUCUCUGCACUAGAUAGAAUGGACUCUGCGCAGCUGAAGCACAUGUCAAGUGAUGAAUUAAUAAGCUUGUUCAUAACAGAAAUGGUUAACAUGAAGAGAAAUCAUGAGUCUAUGUUGCAAGAGAAGACUGAGGCAUAUUUCAGCCUUAGGAGGGAAUUACUAAAAAGAGGUCCUCUAUCUGUGAGGAAGGAUAAGGAGUUUGACUCAUUGAAGAAGAAGAUCCCAGAGGUCAUUGUAAUGUUGGAUGGCAUCCUGAAGGAGAAAAAGGAAUUACCUGUGAGUUAUGAAGAUUCCAUGAAUAUUCACAUAUUGAAGGAUAGACUUGAUGCUAUGCUCUCUGAGAACUGUCAGCUCAAAGAAUUACUUGCAAAUAAGAGAGAAGAGGUAAAGUCCCUAUCAUCGCAGGUAUCUGAUGCCACAGAUAGAAUUUCCCACCAUUCUUUGACAGAGGCAGAUUUGUUCGAAGAAGCAAGGAAAUGUGAUGUUAAAGAUUCAGACAUGAAGUUUAGAUUCAUGCAAGAUAUUUGUGGGACUAUAUUCAGAGAAGCUGUUAAGGAUGCUGAGGCAACAAUGGAAUGGGGCAUCACCAAGUCAGAUAUGGAAUAUAUUAUCGUGCAAGACAUUUGCAGAAUAAUUUACAAAGAAGCUGUUAAGGAUGCCCAGGCUGCAAUCAAUAUCAUUAAGGCAGAAUAUGAAAAGGAAAGGUUAGAGACUGAGGAGAAGGAGCAAUUGAAGCAAGAGAAACUAUCAUUAUUAAAAUUACUGGCAGAAAAGGAAAAAUUGGCAAUGGAAAUAGAGUCUACAUUGAUGAAGGAGAAGGAAUGCUGUGAGUUGGUUUGUCAAGAGCUCAAUCAGCUAAAAGACUGUGUGAAUCAGCAAGAGAGACUAAUUUCAGAGAGUUUUAUGGAACUAGAUUUAUGUAAGAGUAGAUUUGAGGAAGCUUUAGAAUUUAUAGGUCAAUAUGAGGGAGAAAUUAACAAACUAGAUCAGAAGCUUAAGCUAGCAAUGGAGGAGUUGUGUGUGGCUGCUGAAGAAAGAAGAGCUCUUCAUGCUGCUAUUCAAGUGAAGGAAGACACCAUAACAUUAGUCAAAUUUAAAGAAAGGGAAUGUAGGAAAGAAAUGGAAUCCAUUAUUUCAUCUAUUGAAGGGUUAUCAAAAGCAUUUGUGGAUUUUGAGUGUCAACUAACAAACAAUGUCGAACAGAAUAUUUUGAGGUACUUAUUAACUAUUACCUUAUUUUACUUUUAUUUAAUAAAUCUUUUUUUAUUUAUUUAA